AUGUCGUCUCAAACCGCAGAGGCCCAGACGGGCAAGAAAAAGAGCCUUAUCAUCAAUGCUUUUGUAAUGAUGUGCAGCGGUCAUCAAUCCCCAGGAUUAUGGAGACACCCUGAAGACGAAUCAUGGAAAUUCAAAGAUACCGAGCAUUGGAUCGAGCUGGCCAAACUACUCGAGGAUGCUAAAUUCCAUGGCAUUUUCAUUGCUGAUGUGCUUGGAGGCUAUGAUGUUUACAAGAAAUCUCUCGAGCCCGCGAUCAUCUCAGGAGCUCAAUGGCCUCUUACUGAGCCUUUGGCUGUCAUUCCUGCGAUGGCGGCUGCGACCAAGAGCAUUGGCUUUGGAGCUACUGUUUCUGUUACCUACGAACAACCGUAUCACCUCGCUCGGCGGCUGGCCACAGUUGAUCACCUCACCAAGGGCCGAUUAGGUUGGAAUAUCGUCACCGGUUAUCUAGACUCAGCGGCUCGAAAUCUGGGCCACCCCGUACAACUGGCUCACGACGAGCGAUAUGCUCAAGCUGAAGAGUAUAUGGAGGUCAUGUACAAGCUCCUCAACUCAUCCUGGCGUGACGAUGCCGUCAAGCUAGAUCGCGAGCGCGGAGUAUACACCGACCCCAAGCUCGUUCGCCGGAUCAACCACAAGGGCAAAUACUUCGACGUCCCCGGCCCUCACGUAGUCGACCCCAGUCCGCAGCGCACACCUCUUCUUCUCCAAGCUGGUGCUAGUAAAGCCGGCAAAGCCUUCGCAGCUCAACAUGCUGAAGCCAUCUUUACUUCUGCGCAUGCCCCUGCGGUGUGUAAGAAGAACAUUGCCGAGAUCCGACAGGCUGCGCGGGAUCAGUUUGGUAGGGAUCCUAGUAAGAUCAAGGUUCUUGCUCUCGUUACACCUAUCCUUGGCAAGACGGAGGAAGAGGCCAAGGCUAAGUAUGAUGAGGCACGGAAGUAUGCUUCUACCGAGGGGGCUUUGUCGCUCUUUGGUGGGUGGACGGGUAUAGAUCUGGACCAGUACGGUGAUGAUGAGGAACUUCGACAGGUCGAGAGUAAUGCCGUUCGGUCAACCGUCGAGGGCUAUGCAAAGUUCUCCCCAGCAAACUCCAAGUGGACGAAACACACUGUUGCAGAGCACGUUAGUCUCGGAGGCAACGGUCCCCUAUUCGUCGGCACGCCCUCUCAGGUAGCAGACAGUCUUCAGACCUGGAUCGAUGAAGCAGAUGUCGAUGGAUUCAACUUUGGUUAUGUUCUGUUCCCUGGCACAUUCAAGGACAUCAUCGAGCUGCUUCUUCCUGAGCUUCGAGCACGGGGGAUUUUCUGGGAGGACUACGCGGUUCCUGGCGGGAGUUACCGGGAGAAUUUCUAUGGUUUGCCAGACCAGAAAUAUCCUCUUGAGGAGCAUGUUGCUAGCAAGUACAGAUGGGCUGCUGGGGUGUCUGCGAGUGAACAUGUGAUUUCUCAGCAAGAGUAA